AUGUCACUUUUCAUCAAAAAGCUCCGUGCCUCAUAUUCUAGAGAUGCUGAUAGCUCUACACCAUCGUACAGCGUUGUGGAUGAUGACCACAAGAUCUAUGCCCCAAGCUCUUGUGAAAAGGGUACCACAAUCAAGCCAGAGAAGCCCAAAUGCGAACUAUCGCUCCCCUCAGCUGCAGGUAGCGGCGAUGAGAGGGCGGUAAGUUUGUUACUCGACAAAGGUGCCGAUAUCAACGGCAAGGAUGAACGAGGAAGAACACCGCUGGCAAUAGCUGUCCAGGAGGGACAUGAGGCGACAGUCAAGCUGUUGCUGGACUGCGGCGCCAGCCUCGAACCAAGAGACCACCAGAGUCGCACGCCGCUCUUUUGCGCCCGAGACCCAACGAUUGCCAAACUUCUGCUUGACAGAGGUGCCAAUCUCGAAGCAAGAGAUGAGUCCGGCCGGACGCCAUUAUCGGUAGCGGCAGAGCUGGGGUAUGAAGGAGUCGCUAAGAUCCUCCUGGACCAUGGGGCCAAUCCUAACCACAGGGACCUGCAGAACUUGACACCAUUGUCAUGGGCAAUCGACCAAUGUCAAGAAACGGCCAUCCAGCUGCUUGUUGAGAACGGUGCCGAUAUAGAACAGGAAGACAGCUUUGGGCGAACACUAUUGUUGGUGGCUGCCGAGACGAAACGAAUGUGGGCGGCGAAGAUUCUUGUCCAUCACGGCGCCUUUUUGGAGGCUCGAGACCAGGAAAACCGAACCCCACUGCUAUGGGCGGCCCACAAUGAGCAUGCAGAAAUGGCAAAGUUUCUGAUCGACAAAGGUGCUCAUAUAGAGGCCUGUGAUGAGGCAGGCCGGACCGCGCUGCUGCUGGCCGCAGAAGCAAGACAUGUUGCGAUGGUGCAGCUGCUGGUUGAGACGGGCGCUUUCCUUGAGAUCGCAGAUCAGCAUGGGCGAACACCACUGCUAUGGAGUGUUCAGUAUGGGGAGUCUAAGCUGAUUAAGUUGCUGCUGGAGAGAGGCGCUUGCUUGGAAGUGGAGGACCAUAAGUACGGGCGAACGGCGCUGGGAUGGGCUGCGCGACGAAACCACGUAUCGGUGGCGAGACUCCUACUUGAUAAAGGUGCCGAUGUGGAGUCUGAGGACUACCAUGGCCAAACCGCAUUGUCGUUGGCUGCGAAGGCUGGCAACGAGGAAGUUGUUGGGCUUCUUCUCGAGAAAGGCGCUUGCAUAGAGACCGAGGAUCAUCACGGUCGGACAGCGGCAUUGUGGGCCGUCAUAAGUGGUCACGGGGGCGUUGCAAAGCUUCUUGAAAGACCAGCCAUUGCUGAUAAGACUUAA